AUGUCAUCUAUUGAAACAAGAAUUGAAGAUGAACAAAAGAGGAUAAAUCAGAUAAAUGCGGAUAUACGACAGUUGGAGUCACAAGUGAGCAGCUCUUACCUUGAACCUAUUUUGACGAAACAAGACCAAUUUCAGUUGAUCAAUCAUCAUAGGCAUGAUAACGACUUGAAUGACUUGGAUAACUUGUCAAUAACACAGUUGAAUAACAAAUCGGAGUUGAUAAAUCAGAAAAUCCAGGAGUUGGAAAGGUUAGGCAAAGUAAAAAAGAAUUUGGAGGAAAUUGAACAAUUACUAGCAAGUUUAAAGUUGUCAAUUGGUUCCCUACUUGAUUUACAACAUCUAAGUACCCUUUUCAAACAAAUUCAGGAUGCUCCAUCGUUGGCAUCGUCAUCAAAUUAUAUGAUAUACAAGCAAAUAAUUCGAAGAGUUGCGUCUUUGCAUGUAACGUUUGUUGAUUACUUGAACAACUAUUUGAAAUUGAUUCUCCCCAAUGAAUUCACUAUACUUCAUGCUUCAGUAAUUGGCGAUUUUAAUAAUUUUGUUUCCAAAAAUGGAUACAAUUUGAGUGUGUAUGCUGAUUACAGAACAAAAUGGGAUGGAUUAAUUGAUCAAAUUUUCAAUGGUUAUGAAAUCACGGUAGUUAACAAAGAGAAGGAGGAGGAAGAAAUUGAGGACGAAUUUGAAAUAAAGGAGGUAAAAGGUACUGAUUUUAUAUCGUCAUUGGUAACUUUUGUCAAUUUUAUCAACAAAAUCAACCACACACCAGUAAAGAACUAUUUAAACUCGAAGAUAUCUAAAUUAGUUGCUGGUCAAUUGUUUAACCACAUUGAGGAGAUUAUUCAUAACCAAGAGCAAAUUAAGCAAUUGAAUGUGUUAAUGAAGCUUUGCGAAGACACGCAUUGGAAUUUUUUGAGCAAGAUUGAAGGAAGUGGGACUAUUGAAGAAAGGUUGAACCGGUUACAUUUGGAUUGGAUCAUUGAUGAUUAUGUCAAUAAAAUUAGACAAGUGUUUAGUGAGUCUUCAUUUGCUGAGUUGAAGGAUGUUGAUGAAGUGGUGGGCCAAGGGGAGACUACUACAAAUAAUAGCACUGAUGAUACCGAUUGGGAUGAAAGUUGGGAUGAUGGAUGGGAUGAGGACGACCAAGAGGAGAACCAACAGGCGAAGGAUGCACAGGAGCUGAAACAUGUUGAUUCUGCACCCAAGCUUGAUAGGAUAAAGAUAUCCCCCGUUCCAGAACAAUUGGAUCAAUUGUUUAAGCAAUUUUCCACAUAUUCCAAAGACCUUAAUUAUUUGGUAACCACAAUUAAGGCACUUGCAUUAGUUCAAUACCCUUCUCUUGCAUCUUCAUUUGUCAUGUAUAAUGACUUUACCAAACUAUCACAAACUACCGGAGAUGCAUCAUUGGUUUCAUUUGUCAAUAGUAAUUGGAAUCAAGUGGUCACUCAAUUUAGUCAAGAGUUAAAGACGUUGAUACUAUCAUUAAAUCUAGAAUCCGAAAUUGACAUGCAAGAUGAAAUUUUAGAUGAUUAUAAUCUAAACCAAUUGGGUUUAAUUUAUAAAUGGUUCCAAGUGUUGUUUGAAGAAAAACAAUUUCGUCAAACCAAUUUUAAAAAAUUUCAACAAUUGGUUAUUGAAUUGGUUGAUUUUGCCAAUAAUUGGCUAUUACAGUUGAUAUCCACUAUUGAAGAUAUAAGUGAACAACAAUGUGUGUUGUACAGUCUUUUGAUUGACAAUUUGAAUAAUAUCACUGUGCCAUUUUUAGGCGAGACUGGAUUAACUAAAGACACAAUCGAUUCGUUUAGCAAGUUGAACAAUGUCAAGUUUUUAUUGAAUAACCAUUUGAAGGAUAUAAUGGAUCGGUUUUAUCAGGGAGAGUUGUUUGAUUUAACUACCGAUGAAUUGGUUACUAUCAUCAAGAGUAUAUUCAUACCAAGUGAAAUUCGCGAUAAUUACAUUAAUGAGAUUAUUGAAUUUAGAAACAUGAGCUAA